AUGUCGUCACCAUCACCUGAAAUCCUGACCUACCUCGAGGGGACCACCAUUACCCUCACUCCAUCACCAAAUUCUCCCUUGGAUAUUGGCCGUACGAAAUGGGAAAUUGUUCAAAAAAUACACGAGCGCGUCCGAUUUGUGACUCAGGAAGACGUCACUAGUGGUCUUGACCCAGCAUACGUGGCUGGGAAGUUUCUUUGUCGCCCUACGACCCCUACCGACUCAAAUGAACUCUCAUUUCUACGAAUUCAUAAGCAGAUACCUAUUGCUGGCACCGAGUUUCAGAAGGCUCCAAUCCGGGCCGCGCAGGCUGUCGAUUCGUAUGAGCCUACAGAGCUAACAACGAGAAUUAGAAAGUUGCAAGCCAACGGCUACCACCUAAUUUCCCGGGACGAAGAAGAUCGUUGA